CAGGCAGCUGAUCGUUGACUUCGCCCGGGCGGAUGUUUUCGACGCUAGUUCAGUUUGUGCAUUGCCCGCGGAGAGAUGAGUGCCCCGUGGAUUGUUCUACUCACUCUGUGCCUGAUCUCCAGCCAGGUACUCUGUGAUCUCUCUGGCGACGCCCAGACGCUGGAGAAGUGCCUGCGGGAGCUGAGUACGCCGGAGAAUAUCGCCGACGACCUCCAGAAGCUGGAGCGGUAUCCGUCGUGGACGCGGGAGGAGCUGCCCUGUCUCAUGCGCUGCUUGGCCAGGGAGAAGGGCUGGUUCGACAGCGAGGCCAACAAGUGGAAGCUCAAGCGGCUGACCGACGACCUGGGCGCAGAUGUGUACAACUACUGCAGAUUCGAGCUGAGGAGGAUGUCCUCCGACGGCUGCACAUUCGCCUACCGCGGACUCAGGUGCCUCAAGCAGGCCGAGAUGCAUGCGGGCACUAGCCUGAGCACCCUGCUGCAGUGCUCCCGCCAGCUGAACGCCACCAACGUGGAGCUGCUCCAGUACAGUAAGCUGAAGGCAAAGGAGCCCAUCCCGUGUCUCUUCCAGUGCUUCGCCGACGCCAUGGCCUUCUACGAUUCCGCCGGCAACUGGCGCCUGGCCAACUGGCAGCAGGCAUUCGGUCCCUCCGAAAACGAGGAUCACUCGGUCACUGCGGACUACAGUGGCUGCCGCCUAAGUGAGAAGCAGCGGCAGGAGGCGCCCAACAAGUGCUCCUGGAUGUACCAGGAGUACAAGUGCUGGGAGCGAGUGAAUGGAAACCAGCUGGUGGAGGAGACGAAGGCUUAGUCUUGAGACCCAAAGGUAUUAGUGUUCUAGAGCUACAACUAAACUACACAUUAAAUUAAUUGAGAAAUAUUUGCACACUAUUAAAUUUAUUUAAACAACC